AUGGUUGAAAGCUUUGUUGGUCCAUGGCUUACCAGUCCAAAUGUGGAUUGCGUCUUCACAUCUAGCUUGGGAACUUCCAUGUUUGGAGUUGGCGACAUGGCUCCUCUAUGGCUACAAACGAUGUGCGAUGGGUAUACGGGUAGUCGAACGGUCACAGUCACCGGAGAUCGAUCAUGGCUCGCCGUCGCCGUCGUCGUGGCCACCGUCGCCGGAGAGUGGAAGACCAAGGGAAUCCCAAAAAGAUUCUUGAGAAGACAUGGAAAGGAUCUCUCGGGCUUGGUGCUUCUCAAGGUUGCAGGCGGUUUAACCGGGCGUGUGAAACUAGAGAAGAGUGACGAUGCCAUGGUUUGGUUGUGGAAAGGAUGGCGAAAAUUCAUGGAACAUUACUCCAUCGGUCAUGGUCACCUCCUAGUCUUCAGAAAUGAAGGGGACUCCGUUUUCCAUGUGAUAAUAUUCGACAAGAGUGCUUCGGAGAUUGAUUAUCCCUCGAGCAUCGGAAGUUACAGGGCGAGCCCUGAGGGUGAAUUCCUCUCUCGAAAAGAGGAAAAUGUCGUGGAAAUCGGAGAUUCAGAGGGGUUCGUGCCUCGUUCUUGGCCAAGUUCGAAGGGCUUGUCACGAGAAUUCGGAGGUCCAAGUUCUCUCACUGCACUUGAAUUAGCCAGCAGAUUCGAAUCAGACCAUCCAUUUUUUAAAGUAGUGAUGCGACCUUCUUAUAUUCAGAAAUAUUUGUGCGUCCCUUGUAAAUUCUUCAGGAAACAUGUUCAAAAGAACAAGCAAUUUGUGACUCUUAGGUACUCAGACAGAUCAUGGCAAGUGAAGCUGAGGAGCUAUGAACACAGACGAAUGGCAUUUCUCUCUACUGGUUGGUCCUCAUUCAUGAGAGAAACUGGUCUUCAUAUAAGUGAUGUCUGUGUGUUCGAGCUCAUUGAUAGGGAUGACAUUAUGUUCAGAGUCUCCAUGUUCAACAAUGAUGGUUGGAUUGAAAUCAAACAGUCUCAAUGCCGAGAGAGCUCUUUGGAGCCCUCUUUUCAUGGUUCUCUAUGUCUGAGCCCUGUCAGUACUCAUGAAAAAGCUAGCGGAUUUGAAUCGGACCAUCCCUUUUUCAAAGUGGUGAUGCAGCCUUCUUAUGUUCAGAAUUAUUCGGUUAAGUGGAAACAUGUUCAAAAGAACAAGCAAGUUGCGACUGUUAGGUACUCAGACAGAUUGUGGCAAGUAAAGCUGCGGAGCUAUGAACACAGAGGAAUGGCAUUUCUCUCUAAUGGCUGGUCCUCAUUCGUGAGAGAAACUGGUCUUUGUCCAAGAGAUGUCUGCGUUUUCGAGCUCAUUGAUAGGGAUGGCAUUGUGUUCAGAGUCUACAUUUUCAAAAGUGAUGGUAAGGACCUGAUUUAUAUUGAUUGA